CCUCGCCCCCUCGCCGCGCCUCCGCCUGCCCGCCCCCGCCGGCCGAGGCUGGGCUGCGGGAGGCGGCCAGGCGGCCCCGAGCCUCGCCAGGGCGACCCAAACAAAGGCAGCAUCCGGGCUCGGCGGGAGGCAGAGCAUCAUGAGAGACUGGGUCCUCGCUGUCCCCGGCUCCGCUGCUGCUGCCGCUGCCGCCGCUGCUGCCGCCGCCGCCGCCGCCGGGAGGGCUUCGCUGUGAGCUUGGAAAGCAGGGGCGCAGCCGCGGGGCGUGAAUCUGAAAGGUGAGAGCGAGAGCCAGCGAGCCGAGGGGGCGGGCAGGCCACGAAAAUGUCCUCGGCCGUGGGGCCCCGCGGUCCUCGCCCACCUACGGUGCCUCCCCCUAUGCAAGAACUGCCCGACCUGAGCCACCUGACCGAGGAGGAGAGGAACAUUAUCAUGGCAGUGAUGGACCGGCAGAAGGAAGAGGAGGAAAAAGAAGAGGCCAUGCUCAAGUGUGUUGUCAGGGACAUGGCGAAGCCUGCUGCCUGCAAAACACCCAGAAAUGCUGAAAGCCAGCCCCAUCAACCACCACUGAGAUUGCAUCAACAGUUUGAAAGCUAUAAGGAGCAAGUGAGAAAAAUUGGAGAGGAAGCAAGACGUUACCAGGGCGAGCACAAAGACGAUGCCCCGACAUGUGGAAUCUGUCAUAAGACAAAGUUCGCUGAUGGAUGUGGCCAUCUCUGCUCCUAUUGUCGCACCAAGUUUUGUGCACGCUGUGGAGGCCGUGUGUCUCUGCGAUCGAACAAUGAGGACAAAGUGGUUAUGUGGGUAUGCAAUUUAUGUCGAAAGCAACAAGAAAUCUUAACCAGAUCUGGAGCAUGGUUCUUCGGAAGUGGCCCCCAGCAGCCCAGUCAGGAUGGGACUCUGAGUGACACAGGUACAGGUGCUGGAUCUGAGGUGCCCAGAGAAAAGAGAGCAAGACUCCAAGAGCGAUCGAGGUCUCAGACACCCCUGAGCACAGCAGCUGCCUCUUCCCAGGACACAGCUUCCCCUGGUGCACCCCUGGACAGGACCAAAGGGGCUGAGCCUUCACAGCAAGCCUUGGGACCUGAACAGAAGCAGGCAUCUAGGUCUAGAAGUGAGCCACCAAGGGAAAGGAAGAAGGCUCCAGAGCAGAAUGGCAAGGGAGGCCUGAAGAGCGAGCGCAAACGCAUGCCUAAGUCUGCGGUGCAGCCCGGGGAGGGGACCACGGAAGAACGGGAGCGGAAGGAAAGGCGGGAAACCCGCAGGUUGGAGAAAGGUCGCUCCCAGGACUACCCGGACCGGCGGGAGAAAAGAGAGGACGGCAGGGUGGCGGGGGACGAGAAGCAGAGGAAAGAGGAGGAGUACCAGACCAGGUACCGCAGCGACCCGAACCUGGCGCGCUACCCUGUGAAGCCGCCUCCCGAGGAGCAGCAGAUGCGCAUGCACGCCCGUGUGUCCCGCGCGAGGCACGAGCGGCGCCACAGCGACGUGGCACUCCCGCACACCGAGGCUGCAGCCGCGCCGGCCGAGGCCACGGCAGGCAAGCGCGCGCCAGCCGCCACCAGGGCCUCUCCGCCCGAGUCCCCCCGCGCGCGCGCGCCCGCCACCCAGCCUCCCGCCGAGCACGGCCCGUUGGCGCCACGGCCAGUCCCGGGUCCCGCAGAGCCGCCCGAGCCGCGCGUCCCCGAGCCGCUCCGUAAGCAGGGCCGCCUGGACCCGGGCUCGGCCGUGCUUCUGCGCAAGGCCAAGCGCGAGAAGGCAGAGAGCAUGCUGCGGAACGACUCGCUGAGCUCCGACCAGUCCGAGUCCGUGCGACCGUCCCCGCCCAAGCCGCACCGGCCCAAGCGGGGAGGCAAGAGGCGGCAGAUGUCGGUGAGCAGCUCAGAGGAAGAGGGCGUGUCCACACCGGAGUACACCAGCUGCGAGGACGUGGAGCUGGAGAGCGAGAGCGUGAGCGAGAAAGGUGAUUUGGAUUAUUACUGGUUGGAUCCUGCAACGUGGCAUAGCCGGGAAACGUCGCCUAUCAGUUCGCAUCCUGUAACGUGGCAGCCAUCAAAAGAGGGAGACCGAUUAAUUGGCCGUGUUAUUCUUAAUAAAAGAACAACCAUGCCCAAAGAAUCAGGUGCAUUAUUGGGUCUGAAAGUGGUUGGAGGAAAAAUGACAGAUUUAGGACGUCUUGGUGCUUUCAUCACCAAAGUAAAGAAGGGUAGCCUGGCAGAUGUAGUUGGACACCUAAGAGCAGGGGAUGAAGUUCUAGAGUGGAAUGGUAAACCCCUGCCGGGAGCAACAAACGAAGAAGUUUACAACAUUAUUUUAGAAUCAAAAUCAGAACCUCAAGUUGAAAUUAUUGUUUCAAGGCCUAUUGGUGACAUCCCCCGGAUCCCUGAGAGUUCCCAUCCUCCCCUAGAGUCCAGCUCAAGUUCCUUUGAAUCUCAGAAGAUGGAAAGGCCUUCCAUUUCUGUUAUUUCUCCAACCAGUCCUGGAGCUCUGAAGGACGCCCCACAAGUCCUGCCAGGGCAACUCUCUGUGAAGCUGUGGUAUGAUAAAGUGGGACAUCAGCUGAUUGUAAAUGUUCUACAAGCAACUGAUCUACCCCCUAGAGUAGAUGGGCGUCCCAGGAAUCCCUAUGUAAAAAUGUAUUUUCUUCCAGAUAGAAGUGACAAAAGUAAAAGAAGGACGAAGACAGUAAAGAAAAUUCUAGAACCAAAAUGGAACCAAACAUUUGUCUACUCACAUGUACAUCGUAGGGAUUUCAGAGAGCGAAUGUUAGAAAUUACCGUGUGGGAUCAGCCAAGAGUACAAGAGGAAGAGAGUGAAUUUCUUGGAGAGAUCCUCAUAGAAUUGGAAACGGCACUUUUAGAUGAUGAGCCCCAUUGGUAUAAACUCCAGACACAUGACGAAUCUUCACUACCUCUGCCUCAGCCAUCACCGUUCAUGCCAAGGCGGCACAUUCAUGGAGAGAGCUCCAGCAAAAAACUACAAAGAUCUCAGCGCAUCAGUGAUAGUGACAUCUCAGAUUAUGAGGUUGAUGAUGGUAUUGGAGUAGUGCCUCCAGUGGGUUAUAGAUCUAGUGCUAGAGAGAGUAAAGCAACAACAUUAGCAGUCCCAGAGCAGCAAAGAUCGGCUCAUCACCGCUCACGCUCAGUGUCUCCUCUUCGCGGCGAUGAGCAGGGAAGGCCGCGCUCACGUUUACCAAAUGUGCCAUUACAGAGGAGCUUAGAUGAAAUUCAUCCAACACGAAGGUCACGUUCUCCAACCAGACACCAUGAUGCCUCCCGAAGUCCAGUCGAUCACAGAUCCCGACAUAUGGAAAGUCAGUAUUCAUCAGAACAAGACAGUGAGCUUCUCAUGCUGCCCAGAGCAAAACGAGGACGAAGUGCAGAAUGCCUACACACGACCAGACAUCUUGUUAGGCACUCUAAAAUAUUACCACCCAAGAUGCCUUUGUUACAAAACGACUAUCAUUGGAUUAACAGCACAAUCCUGCCUGCACGUACUAAGACCAGAUCGGUGACUAGACAGGACAUUCCCUUUCAGCCUGAUUGUUGUAACUCAAGAGUGCAGAGAUUGACUAAUGAGUUACCUGUUAGUGAGCUACAGCCCUCCCUUGCCAGGGCUAAGAGUGCUAGUACCAACUGCUUGAGACCAGACACUAGUUUGCAUUCACCAGAACGAGAAAGGGGUAGAUGGUCCCCCUCCCUAGAUAGGAGGCGACCUCCUAGCCCCAGGAUUCAAAUCCAGCAUGCAUCUCCGGAGAAUGACAGGCACUCCAGAAAGUCUGAAAGAUCUAGCAUCCAAAAACAGACUAGGAAAGGCACAGCCUCUGAUGCAGACAGGGUUCUCCCAUCAUGCCUUUCUAGAAGGGGAUACGCAAUCCCAAGAGCAACCGAUCAACCAGUCAUUAGGGGAAAGCAUCCCACUCGCUCCCGGUCGAGCGAGCACUCUAGUGUCAGAACCCUGUGUUCUAUGCACCACCUUGCCCCUGGAGGGUCGGCGCCACCUUCUCCGCUUCUGACAAGAACACACCGACAAGGAAGCCCAACCCAGUCUCCUCCAGCAGACACAUCCUUCAGCAGUCGCCGGGGAAGACAGCUUCCACAGGUGCCAGUACGAAGUGGCAGUAUAGAACAAGCCAGCUUCGUAGUGGAGGAGCGAACAAGACAGAUGAAAAUGGAAGUGCACCGGUUUAAGCAGACCACGGGGUCUGGGUCUAGGCAAGAACUUGACCGCGAGCAAUAUUCCAAGUAUAACAUACAUAAAGAUCAGUACAGAAGCUGUGAUAACGUCUCUGCCAAAUCAUCAGAUAGUGAUGUCAGUGAUGUGUCCGCCAUUUCCCGAACCAGCAGUGCCUCACGCCUCAGCAGCACAAGCUUUAUGUCAGAGCAAUCUGAGCGCCCCAGGGGUAGGAUCAGUUCAUUUACCCCCAAAAUGCAAGGCAGACGGAUGACUUCAGGAAGAGCCAUCAUCAAGAGCACCAGUGUAAGUGGAGAGAUGUACACACUGGAGCAUAAUGAUGGCAGCCAGUCAGACACGGCGGUGGGGACUGUUGGAGCAGGCGGAAAGAAGCGCAGAUCCAGCCUGAGUGCCAAAGUGGUUGCCAUUGUAUCGCGAAGAAGUAGAAGCACAUCGCAGCUCAGCCAGACAGAGUCGGGCCACAAGAAGUUAAAAAGUACCAUCCAGCGAAGCACAGAAACGGGAAUGGCGGCUGAAAUGCGGAAGAUGGUCAGACAGCCGAGCCGAGAGUCCACUGAUGGCAGCAUCAACAGUUACAGCUCAGAGGGAAACUUAAUAUUUCCUGGAGUUCGUGUUGGACCCGACAGCCAGUUCAGCGACUUUCUUGACGGACUGGGGCCAGCUCAGCUUGUUGGCCGCCAAACCCUUGCCACCCCUGCCAUGGGUGAUAUCCAAAUCGGUAUGGAGGAUAAAAAGGGCCAAUUGGAAGUUGAAGUUAUCAGAGCCCGGAGCCUUACACAAAAACCUGGCUCCAAGUCUACCCCUGCACCCUAUGUGAAAGUAUAUCUUUUGGAAAAUGGAGCCUGUAUUGCCAAAAAGAAGACAAGGAUUGCACGGAAAACUCUCGACCCUUUGUAUCAGCAGUCCCUUGUGUUUGAUGAAAGUCCACAGGGUAAAGUUCUUCAGGUGAUUGUCUGGGGUGACUAUGGAAGAAUGGACCACAAAUGCUUUAUGGGUGUGGCUCAAAUCUUGUUGGAAGAACUUGAUCUGUCCAGCAUGGUAAUUGGAUGGUAUAAAUUGUUCCCUCCGUCAUCACUGGUGGAUCCUACACUCACUCCCCUGACCCGUCGGGCUUCCCAGUCAUCUCUGGAGAGUUCAUCUGGGCCUCCCUGCAUCCGAUCAUAGUAAACUCUUAUCCUGCCAACCAAACUUCACAUUUCAGGAUAAUUAUCAGAAACCAGAUAUUUCAUGAUCAAGAGUAUUGUUGGAGACAGACAAUCAACUUGUGUUUUGCCUGUAGUAGUUUUUUUGAUGUGUCCCAAUUGUUGUUUAAAACAUGGCUUCAUAUGACAGAACAAGGCAGUCAUUCAAAUUAUAGUAAGAAAAGGCGUGCUAGUGAGAGUCACUGAUGCUUCUAGCAGAUAGAAAGAGAGGGAAUGUCAAGUUCACACACACACACACACACACACACACACACACACACACAUACACACUAGAACAAACUGGAAACUCUCACUCUGUGAAAAUUUGUACUCCACACGUUUCUGCACAGACCACAAGCAGGAUGAUUUCCCUGUUUUAGGUUGUUUAGUUCUUACAUGUGCAUUAGUUAUUUGUGUAGUGUUCGCUGGUUCUUUUCUUUUCUCCUCUCGUCUUUGCUUCGUCGUCUUCACAGCUUUUGUUAUUUCCACCAGUUUUUCAUUUCUGGGCUUUGUUUUUCUUUGCUUUGUCAUCAUAGGGUUAGUGGUGAUAAUAGAGGCCCUUCCCUUCUUUUUCCAAGAGCACCAAAAAGAGGGCUGAAGCAGUUUCUGUAGCAUUUCCCCCCCGCAAAGUUUUCAAAAGCUGGGCGAAGUGAAUCCAGGGAAUCCAGGGAAGUCAAUUACAAUUCUUCCAAGUCUUGUGUGUGGAACCACUCACACCCCCAGAAAAAAAAAGUUCACCUUCCAAACUAGUCAUCACAGAAUCACUUUUCCAAUGAAGAGUGUAUCUGUUUGCAUUCCAGAUAAUUUGUUUAUGUUUUUCAUUGUUGACAUGGAAGAGUUUAAAGUCAAUCUACAACUAAUGCUGGGAAUGAAGGCUCACCACAUGAUAACACUUUGGAAACCCUUUUUGCAAUGCCUUUUACUACCAGAUACAAAAGAAAAAAUGCUCACAUGUAGGAACCAUACUCUCAACUUCCUAAAAUGGUGACUAAGAGUGGAUUUGAGCCUAAGACACUUUCAGCUAUGCCCAGGCUUCUCAGCCAUGCCUCAGUGUAGACUCUCCCAUCUGCCCUGGAAGGAGCAUGGUAUGAGCUGUUUAAUAUUGCACUGGAAAUUCCAGUUAAUAUACUCUGCACUAAACUAAUGUUUUUUAUUGGAUUUUAAUUUAUAUUUCUUUAAGGUCAAUGCAAGCACAAAGCUUGAUUUUUUAAUGCACAAUAUCUUACUUUGGGGAAAGAAAAAUAAUACAGUCAAAUUCCAAUGUGCAUAUUUCUCAUUUGAGUUUUCUUGGCCUUGGAUUUCCCUUGUGACUGACUGUAUGUGUAUGUGCUGCAGGCGCCUGGUCCUGCAGCUGCAUCAAUAUGCUGUCCCUCCUUUUAUGAGUCGUUCAACUUUUGUGAUUUCACAGUUAGAGCAGCAUGACUUGGAGCUGUUCAAAGCUGCAUGCACAUUUUGUAUAAAAAAUAUGAAAAAGAAAGAAAAAAAAGCAAAGAGACAAAAGGUUAUUUAAUAAUGUAUGUUAGUUCCACAUAGGCCAGCUUGUAUGUUGCAUGUACUUGUACAGUUUGCUCGUUAAUUAAUAUACUGAAAUAAUCAAGAAAUCUAAGCCAUCCAUUUUUGUUAUAGACAUUUUGCAGGUUUUAGCUAGACUCAAUAUGUGGGUCUGGGGUUAAAUGUCUAUAGAUGGACUUUAUUUUUUACCCUCUGGAAAAUGUGACGUAGUAGGGACCAAAUUCCUUCUAAUAAAUAUUUUGGUGUAGAUUCCUCCUGUGGGGCUGUAACACAUGUAGACACUGUGUACACACUAGGUUUUAAUCCAUAGACAUAUUGCCUGCACAAAGUGAAUUAUUUAUUAUUAUUUACACAUGUCAGAAUUACCUGCCCAUCAUUCCACAGGGCAAAAAUUGACCACCACUCACCAUGCUGUGCAGGAAGAAGCGAAUCAAUUGGUGCACUUCUAUUAGAUUCCGUUCUGUCUUAGUGGCCAGCAAUUAAUGGAUUAUAAUUGGGUAGUACCUUUCUAUUUUGACCACUUGUCUUAACACUCCCCUGUGCUUUUCAAUGAACCUUCCACUCGUGUAUGUAAACAUGUUUAAUAAAAUUUACUUUUCAUGUCAGUCAGUAGCCAUUUGUGUUCUAUGUUUUGCCAGCUUUCCAUUGUGGGUUCUUUGGUGCAAAAUGAGAGCCAGUUGAUGGGAAAGGGAGGCCGGGGUUUGCUGUCUGCUGCGGGCAUUUGAUUGACUUGUCACUGCACUUUAUAUGUCUUAACUUAUGACCUGAAAGGUACUUUGCAUUACAUACGAGUAUUCACUUUGUCAGCUUGUCUAAGUGAGCACAUGACUAUACUUCUGAAAAGUGGCAUUAUUAAAAACAAUAAAUCUCAGUAAGAAUCAAAUGAAGGUUGUUUUUCUGCUGCUGUUUGACUGUGCUAAUAAAAGAGAUAACUCUGUUG